AUGAAUAAUACGUCAAUCCUAUCAGAUUUAGAAAAUAGUUUUAGCGGAAUCGACAUGUCCAAGAAAAACAAUAAAAAACAUGAUUUAAGUAUAUCUGAUCAACUAGCAGAUUUUGAGAAGCUACGUAUAUCAGCUCUAACAAAAGCUGCCGAAAUAAGUCCGCUAGUAAAAGAAGUUACAAUUGGGCCUAAAAGUCCUGUUAAAAAAUCAAGCAUAAAAGAAAAUGUCCCUGUUCUAGAUGACGAGAAGGAAGCAAACUUGUUAGAAGACAAAAUUGGUGAGGAUCUUCGUUAUACCCUCAUGUUAAAGAGGUAUGAAGGGAAACUAAGAGAAACCUCAGAAGAGCUAUUUAAAAAUUUAGUUGAAAAAAUGAUAGCGAAACGUGCUGAAAGUAUGAGAACGUUUUGGAAGAAACAAAGUGAAGAAUGUGAACGCAAAACAUUAGAAUUGCGAGCAAGAAAGUUGCAGAUGUUAAAGCAAUUACAAGAAAAUGACAAUUUGUCUGUUUUAGGCAAAGCUAAAUUAGAUGAGCAAAAAUGCCAAAUUAUAAAUAAAAAAACAAUAGAAAAUAUGAACCGUAUUUUAGAGGAACAGAAUAAGGCUACUAGUAGAUUUGCUUCUGUUACAGAUAGUCAUACAAAGAUAUGUAUUUGUUACAAUGACAUUAUGGAAAUUUUAAGUUCUAAUGCCCUUGCAAAAGCUAUAUUUGACAAAUAUGUUAUAUCCAUUAAUACAGUUAUUGGAAAUAUAAAUACUAUAAUGGAUCUUUGUAAGACUGGAACAAUCACCGAUAAAGAAGUCAAACAGGCUGAAAUAUUAUCUCUUAACAUAGAAAACAUAAGAAGAAAAAUUGUAGAGGACUUGAAUGAAGUUAAACAACAAGAGAUACUAAGAAAACAGAAAGAAGAAGAGGAGGCAAAGAAAAAAGAACUAGAAGAGAAGAAGCUUAUAGAAAAAAAGACAGUUGCACAGGUUGAACAAACACUUAUUGAACAGCCUACUAAAAUAAAGCCUAUGUUUUAUUCGGCAAAAAAUUUUGCUUAUUAUGAAAAUUUAAGAAAGUUUCUGAAUGAGUAUGAAAACAGUUAUAAAGAUCUCUUAGAAAAUGUAAGCUUGAAGAAGUUUCGAUUUGAUUGCCAGAAAGCUGUCAAUACUCCAGUAAAUGCCCUCUCAUCUGUAAGUGGUACACACAUAAGAGAUAAAUAUGACAAACUAUGUAAGUUAUUAAGAGGUGAGAGUGUGCAAGUAUUAGAUACCUAUGUCCAAGCAACACAACAUCCUCAGGGCUUGUAUUACUGCACAGCUCUGUUAGCCAAAAAGAUAGUAAGGCAAGGUGAUCUCUUGGUAUCAAGCAAUCCAGAAGCUGCUUUUCCUCUUGCAGCUGUUGCAGUAACAUUAUGGUCACAGUUUCCAGAGUUUGGAAUGCUUUUAGAAGCCAACUUCCAUAGACAGUGUCCUUAUUUAGUGCCAAUGUUAUUGCCCCAGAAGCAAGGCCAAUCUGAUAAGGAAUUUUAUAUAUCUAGAGGUUACACAUAUAAUGAGGAAGGUGUUGUUGAAAAACAGGACAAGUUUUUGAAAAGGAUGUCAGGUAUAUUUAGGCUUUGUUGUGCAAUCUGGAUAACAAGGACACCAAAAUUUCUCAAUUCCCCUAAUCCUCAUGGCUUGCAUCAUGGAUGGAAAUGGCUUGCUUCUUUUAUCAAUCUUAAACCAGAACCAGAUAUCUGUGCAACACUUCUUCACGAUUUCUUCAUUGUGUGUGGUUCUGAAUAUUACAAGUAUUACAAGAAACAGUUUAUUAAAAUCAUCAAACUCAUAAGUACUGAUUAUUUAAAAAUUCUGGAAAACAUUGAUGAAGGUGGCCCUAAAACUAGAUUGGAAGUAUAUCUACAAAAUGUUUUAAAAACUGGUCACCUUCCUCCACCUAGUGGAUUGCUACCUCCAAAUACUUGGUAG